UCAUUUGAUCGAGUUUAAAAGACGCACGGAGAACGAUAGACUAAUUUCCAGCGAACACUUGAGAAAUAACGCUGUUGUUCGCACAUUACAUAAUCGAUGCGAAAUUGAUGUUUGCGGUGCCUCUCAAAAACAUACGGUAAGUGCAGACACGUCGAUAGAGGAAAUUCGUGUCACGCAUCGAGCAAUCGACGUAUCCGUUCAUUUCCUUUGUUCGUCCACCUUUCACAGCGCAUUGUGGGUAACCGCUCGUCCGUAAAAGUCCAGUAGAGGUCCAGAAAAGGGUUAGCAACCCUUGAAGAGUGUCUUUGACAGAUGGUCGAUCGAGCAAUACCGAUCGAUAAGAUCGAUCCGUUGAAAUUUAGUGGAUACAACUCCACAGGAAACGACUAUCGCAGAAAAUGUCGCCAAAGUACUACAGGAUAAACUUCGAACGGUUAGCCGUGCCAUCGUGCACAUUUCUAUCGGUUCGAUCUGCGUUCCGUUCUGUGUUUAUACUUCCUCCCUCUCUCUCUCUCCCUCUGUUUGGCGUGAUUCUUAAUCCUUUUACUCGCAUAAAAGAAAGCAUGCUGGUACACACACAUUGAAAAUAAAGAAAGAAUGCACCAUAGCAUAGCAUAGCGAUUAUACGCAACGUUGACAUGUGUCGUGUAUUUUAACUCUGAUUUCGACGCACAGAGACGAUUAGUAAUCCGUGGACGUAACGCUUUGCAGCUUGCAGAAAACACGUGGCGUGCAUCUCUGGUUGAAUGACUUGAAAAUGGUUGGGUCUGAAGGUUGCCUGAGUAACCGGCUCCCCCGCAAAGCGGUGGUUACUUGGCGAAUUUGGAAAAUCCUUGUGACGAAAAUUACAGUCAGCGCACAAUGCCCAAUGGUCGCGGCCAACGAUCGGUUACAAGAUCGUUCUUUGCCGCUAUUAUUAACGAACGAAACGGGCCACGUCGUUUACCGAUGGACAAACAUCGUUGUAGAAAGGGCUUGCCGGUUUUCCUUUCUUCGUGGCAUGAAAACGAGAUCGCUUAGGAUUCUAAAAGAGGCAAACAGAGGAACGACUAACAUCUGGUCGUACCAAAUUGACCAUUGCGCAUACUGUCGUAAAUGCUUGCGGAAGAUCAAAGGAUAACUUCAUUUUGCGCGAAACAAAGAGUUACCGGUUUUUUAGUGCCUGGUAAGAAAAUAUCAAAAAACGACGUAUAUAUAGUAUCGUUGGAUACAUAUUAAUUUGAUUUAAUUUGAGUCGACAUUUUUCAAGAUACAGAGUCGAUUGCGUCCUGUGUAUAAUUGCGUAUAUAUAAAACACUUAUUUAUGUGAAAAAUACGCUCAGAAAGCUUCCAGACUAAUGUUAUUUACAAGAGAAAAUUCUACUAUUCGCUGUUUAACAGCGUCCUUCCUUCUCUCUGCACGCUUACGACAACGUUUGUAAAGCCGCUGGAAACAUCAGAAACAUUCUUCUUUUUGAAAUACCAUUUAAAAUUUUUAUUCUGCUUUUAAUUGGUUCCGCUUUCGAAACGAAUAUCUUUCAUGACUACGUAGCCUCAAUUACGAGAGGAGGAAGAAGUUGACCGGAACCAAUGAGCAAUUUUCGCGGUAAAGAUGAAAUGACGAUUAUCGAAGUGUAAAACACCACAUUACCUGACUCAUCGGAUCCAUCGCUGUUUUAAAUGAUAUUUCAACAGAAGAAUUUUCCAGAUAUUUCCACUGGCUGUAAUCGUUACACAGACGUGGACGUAUAUAGAGAAAAGCAGACUGCGUUGAGUAUCGGAAAAAAAGACUUAUCUGUAAAUAACAUCGAUCUAGCGAUUUUUUGAUUAUACUGCGAAUAACGCGAUCGCUGCAGAAAAUGAACGGAGGAUUCAUUUUUAUUAUUCGUUUGUAUGAUUAUCGGAGUUCAUAACUAUGUAAUAACGCGAUCAACUUGGUACAAGUUGGUAGUUUACUGGCGAAACGGUGGUCUGGAGAGAAGAGAGGAAAAGAAAGAGGGAGAAAGAGGGAGGAAAAAAUCAGGCGAAACCGUGAAUUAGGCAGCUGCCAGGAACAAUAACGGGUAAAAGAGAGCGAAGGGUUGCCUUUGCUUAAUACACGGUUAAUGUGGAUUGUCGUGGGCGCGUGCAACCACAUCCUGUCCAAUUUUUGUCACGCUUGCCACGUUCUUUUUCAAUUUCACUCGGUUCUUACGCCCACGUCGAACACAUGAAGGGCGUUCGUCAAAAUCGCAACCACCCACGAACUACAAAAAUCAGGGGAGAGUUCGAGGCAUUAUAUUGUUCGCUGAUGCUUACGGUUAACCACUGUACGUAUGAUUCGAUAGCGACGGCUUUAUCGUGAUACAGAAACGGAAAACCGUGAUAAGAGGUAUCGGUUGCAACCGACAUUACAAAAAUGCACAUAUAUCGAUCACUUUACCGUUAAUUGUUUCCUGUUAUUUAUUUUAGUUUUUCGAUCAGUUCCUAGUUUAGUUUUGUCGAGUUCGUUGUUAUCUACCAUUAUUGAUUUGCUUCUUCGUAGCAGCGGUAUGAGAACUAUGUAAUUAGAUAAUUUUUAUCGUAGUUAUCGAUCGACUAAUGUUACAUAUGAUAAGGUACAGCGUGAGGAAAUUAGUCAAAUUAAUUGAAAUAUAAACAUUAUGAAAGUUCUAGACAAAACUAGGGAGAAGCAUGCGUUCUAGAUAUUGUCCUUGAGGUAAUAAUACGUCGCUGUAGUGAAUUAUAAAAAUAUAUUGGCGAAUGAAAAUAUCGAAUGAAACGUGUAUUAUCUCGGUCUAUCAGAAAAUAAGCGAUAACGUUGAUACAUGUAUGUUUAAGAGUAGGGAUAAGCUGAUUCCUUUAUAUUCACUAGCAUAUACGUUUUCUUUCACUUUCAACCUGUUUACCAUAAAAUCAAAUUAUCUUGUGGAAUAUUUAAAGUCGCGAGUAAUUAAAAUUAUCAGAAUCGAAUAAGACAGUAUAUAAUUGUGAAAGAAAUAUGAAUCGACGACAAUUGGGAUUGUUAUUUUUAUCUACCUUAAUCGUUAUCAUUUCAGCGUUCUCUCAGAACAUUAAUGGACAAGAAUUGGCAUCGAGAUUAGAAAACAAAAAUGUGAUGAAUAUCGAAGAAAGGAAACUACUAACAGAAAGGGAUUUUUCGUACGUCGUACAUAACACGAUAACAACAGUGCCGUGUAUUUUGGCAAAUAUGUCAAUUAACGUUACGAUCCCGUAUAAUAAUAAAUCCAAUAAAAGGUUAAGUGUUCCAGUCAACGCUACAGUCGGUGGUCAUUGUUCAUCUGUAAUAUCAGAAAUGAAACUAAUUUGGAAUGAAACUAACACUGACAAAGAAAACACAAUUAAAUUUACAUUUAUCAACGACCAGGAAAAUUUCUCGCUUUUUUCUAUCGGUCUCAAUAUAUACCCAAAAGAAGAUAGUUCUACUAAUUUAAAGGAAACGUAUACUUUAGGCGAUCCGUUUAACGCAACAUCAGAUACCGAUCUUCGUUUAUUCGUUACAUCCGUUACGGAUGGAAUUUAUAAGUGCGGAAAAGAAGAGGAAGUGAAAGUUGGUAACGCAACAAUAAAAAUAAAAGACGUUUUUUUAAUCGAAUUUUAUAAUAACAGCGAUAUUUCUGCGCCCAAAGGAGAUCAAUGCCCCGGCAAAAAACAAACUCCAACGUUUCCUUACGUUUUAAGGGAUAAAAACAGCAUCAUAUGUACAUUAGCAAAAAUGUCAAUUUCUUUGAAGAUACCAUACAGAAAGAACGAUACGCAAUACGAUACUGCGAUUAUAGAAGUUCCAACCACACUUAAUGUUUCCGGAAAGUGUGACUCUUCAAGGGGAACUUCUAUUAUGAUAUUAAACUGGAACCCAGAAGUGUCGAAAACUGAAUCGACAUUUGCAAAUGAGAAAACAAAUACAAUUGUACUUCAUUCACAGAGAGACGAUAUAGACAGCCACGUUUCUGUGAUUACUGCUAACAUUUUUAUAGAUAAGACGCAUUUUAAUGAUGCUCAGAACGCAGGUGAAGUCAUUCAGAUGGUUGCGCCAUUUAAGAAUCUCUUUUCCGCACCCGCCAAAAAUGGAAUCCAUAGCUGCCCUGAAAAAGUAUUUACGACGAUAGGAGGAAUUACCGUAACCAUGCGCAAUGUUCUCUUAGUCGCCUUCGAUGCCCAACAAGAUUUCGCAUCGAAACAAGUAACCGACUGUAGAAGUACAUAUUUUGAACGUGACUUCACGUAUGUUGUACGGCGAAAUGAUACUGGCAUACCUUGCACCUUGGCGAGAAUGUCGAUUGACGCAACAGUACUGUACCAAAAAAAUAAUAGAACACUAAACGUCCCAUCUACAGCUGCUGUUAGCGGUAAUUGCGGUAAUAAAUCUUCUGAAAUGACACUAAGCUGGUCAGAAUCAGACAAAAAUAAUACGAUGAAUACAAUUACAUUUCAUAUUGGUAAAAAUGAGACUAACUUCUUCGUCUAUCAAGUAGCGGCCACCGUGUAUUAUAAUAAAGAUGAUAAAACAACAGCUAUACAGGGGGAGUCAUAUAAUAUGCAGGAUCUGUUUUCGGCAUCUGGGAAUAACGGACUUUAUAAUUGCACAAGUCUUAUUCACGAAAUAAAGGUCGAUGAUAUCUACUUAAAAAUAACCAAUGUUACAUUUAUCGCAUUCAACACCGAAAGAUACCUUAGCUCGAAAACAGUGACAGAGUGUUCUACCAACUCAGGCGGAGAUACACCUAUACCUUCUGUAACAGGCUAUUCUUACGUAGUGACAAAUAAGGAAAAUGUGUCUUGCAUCGCAGCUAAUAUGUCGAUUUCUAUAAAAGUACCUUACACAAUAAAAAAUACAUCUACAACGAACCAAACGACUUUGAUAGUACCGAUUGGAAAGCAAGUAAAUGUAAAUGGCACGUGCGAGAAUGAAAAAUCUAUAAUGAAUUUAAUUUGGACUGAGAAUCCAAAAGCUAAUUCCCAGUACGAAAACAAAGAAAAUAAGGUUACGUUUAAUUUUGUGAACGACAGUUCAAAUUAUUUCAUUCGGUCUAUGAACCUGUCUAUUUACUUAGAUGAUUAUAAUUUUCCUGGAGCUAACGCUACCGGUUCAUAUAUAAAUGUCAUAACGGAAAACAUCGACAUAUUCUCCACUCCUCUAAACAAUGUGUACAAAUGCUCCGAUAAAACUUCGGUGAAUGCUCAAAAUGUCGUCAUAACUAUCAGCAAAGUUUCUUUGAUCGCGUUCAAUAAGGCGAAAAAUAUUACUUCAAGAUCAGUGAACUGUGCCAAUAAUGAGUCAACUGAUAGCAAUGUUGGAGCCAUAGUAGGUGGUAUUGUCGGAGGUAUUAUUCUCGUCGGUAUAAUUGGAUACCUAGGCGUGACGUACAAGAGAAACAGAGGAUACGGUGUUUGAUAAUAAACACCAGUAAAAUUUGUGCAAUUAUUAUCUAUUAUAGAAUGAUGGGAUCAAAUGCAGUAUGCACAAUGUACAUAUUGACGAAUAGACCCAUAUGAUGUACCAACACGCUUACAUAUGGCGCUGGGAAACUGCAUACUACUUUCGUUAAUUAUCCUGCUUUAGGAAACAAUUCGAUGUUUCGACCACCCUUCACGUUCCGUCACGGUUACGCCCACCCCAAUUAUCUCGUUUACUUGCCAAACUUCAAUAUGCGUUACGUCAUGUGAACGGUCGUGUGAACCAAAAAUCGAUUUGAAUGCAAAAUAGUAAAAUUGCACGACAAUUUUAUACUUUCGAAAACAAAAUUAUUUGCAGUAAUAUGAGUUUUUCUUCUUGCGUAUGCUUCUUGAUAUACUAAAAAAAAAAAAAAAAAAAAAAAAAAAAAAAAAUAAA